AUGUCGAAAGUGCCCCUCUUGCCGAUAAACGCCAGUGUACAUCCACAUAGCAUUGACAAAGCCAUUUCUGGGGUGUCCGAAGACAAUUUGCCUCCAGUGGAAGAGGCAGAGAAUGAAGAUGCAUUGGCAGAGGCGGAUGCAAACGAUGAGCAAUUUAACGAGGAAAUAGAGAGGAGGCAAUUACAAGAGUUGAUUGAAGAAACAGGAUUUAUGAUGAUGGAUUAUCAGAUGCCUGUUGAUACUGAGACACAGAGAAAUACGCUCCACAAUGCGUUACUGUAUCAGAUGUCUGAGGAGGAGUUGAGGGAGAUGGAUCCUAAGUACAUUUCUGACAGCGAUACUGAGCGAUUGAUGAUGUCACCGGAAGUGGUAUCUUCUCCGGUGAUGGUAGAUUCUGUUCCUAGCUUGCCGCUAUCUCCUAUAAGUAGUUCCGAGUUUAGUGUAUGUUCUGAAGGAACGGACAAUGCUGUGAAUUUUCACCGUGGCGUCACUUUGGACACCUUCAACACUACUGCCCAUGAUCUAUCCAAGUAUCAAAUCACCCUCACUCUGAGGCACAAGGAUUACAAGUACACGAAGAGUGCCCGAACUUUGAUAUGCACCUACGAUGAGAAACAGAUGUCUUUGGCAGCACUUCGAUGGACCAUGAAAGAGAUGGUAAGUGACUUCGACACGCUAGUCGUGUUUAGCGUACUUGAUCCUGAGUUGGAUAUGGCACUAGUGAGAAAGAAUCACCGCCAGAGGGCAGAGCAUCUCCUUAAUCAGAUACUGCAACUCAAUGAAAGAGACCAGAAAAUCAAGAUCGUGCUUGAGUUCAAAGUUGGUAAUGUUCAAUACAUGGUAAGCAAAGCGAUGAGGGACUACGAUCCUACAUUCCUUAUUGUAGGUACUAAUGGCAACGAGAAAACGGGAUUCAAGUCACUCAUAGCUCCUAAAUCCAUGUCCAAGUCCUUCUUACAAUUGGCUAAAAUGCCCGUAAUAUCUCUUCGUCGGAUUCUUCUACAAGUGUCGGUCGAGGGUCCUGGUUUCUGA